GUCGCGUCUAAGAUAAGAAAUUAUUUGUGAGAUAAGAUAAGGGAAUUUUGGAGACUCAACUGCCAUCAUCCUUCAUCAUCUGAUUCGCGGCUAGUACUGAAUGCUCCUCAGGUCUGAGACCAGAAGACAUGGCGGUUGCUUUUAUGGCUUGCUUGCUUUCUUUGUGCUACUACGAUCAUGGAUCCAGCUCUCUACAAGAAGUUUACCGCGUCUCGAGGACUUCAAUACUACUACCUAGCCUUUCCUGGUGACACCAACAAACCCAUUUUGCUGUUCUUGCACGGUUUCCCCAGCACAUCUUAUGAUUGGAAGUACCAGGUUGAAUUCUUCAAAGCAAAGGGAUACCGCCUCAUCGUUCCGGACAUGUUGGGAUUUGGAGAGACGUCAAAGCCCACGGACCCAUUAGCUUACAAACAGAGCUUGAUUACCAAGGACAUAGUCGAGCUCUUAGAUGCUGAGAAAACUGACCGCGUCAUUGCUAUCGGACAUGGUUCGGGAGCAAUUACGGCAAGCAGAUUGGCAAGCUAUUAUCCAGAUCGCUUCUUAGCAUUUGGAUUCCUCGCUCUGGGGUAUUAUCCUCCUCAUCUGCCUAAGCCAUACGAGGAAAUUAUGCAGACGUUGAAACAGCGCAUCGGCACAGAGUUAUACGGGUACUGGUCAUUCCUUUCUGAAAACGAUGCCCAUAUCAAACUGAAGAACCUUGACUCCUUCUAUAGCCUUGCGUACUGUGAGGACCCUGAGCUCUGGAAGGAGUACAUGAAUCCUCCAGGCGGAAUGAAAAGAUGGGUUGAAAAUAAUCGCAUGACGAAAGUUGGUUCGUUCCUCACAGAAGCGGAUCAACACACUCAGAAGGAGAAAUUGCGCAGCAGCGGACUAGCUGCAGGGACAUGUUAUUACAAAGUCGUGACUUCCGACAUAUAUGCUAAAGAUCUGCAAGAUGAGGACAAUCCCCCGAAGACUGCUGAGCUGACAAUGCCAGUCUUCUUCGGUGGUGCUUCCAAAGAUUUUAUAUGCAGAGCCGAUAUUCAUAAGGCCACCGUCGAACAGACGUGCAAGGAUGCGACUAUUCACGUUUACAACACCGGGCACUGGGUUCAGCUGCAGGCUAGGGAUGAGCUUAACCAGAACUUGUUGGCAUGGAUCCAGACUGUUCAGGAGAAAACGAAAUGAUAACGAAAUGUUGACGAGAUAUGAACGGAUAGAAU